AUGGGAUUAUUAGAUAGUUUUAAGGCAUUUGUUCAUUCAAUCACAACUGAUGACCAUUAUGCCUCAUAUGAUUCUCCAUAUAGAAACAGUUCAAGCAAUGAUACAACCAAUCCUCAAGGUUCCCUUGGUAAUGGUUCCAGUAUUCGAUUAAAUAACGAUUUGAAUGGUUCUCAAUAUUCAUUGGAAAAUCCUUCUGCAAGUGCUGGAUUUUAUAGACCAGGUAUGAAAUCGUCUCAACAAGAUUUACCAUUACAAAAUCUUAGUUCUGAUGGCCAACCUCCAUUGCCAUCUAUUGAUUCAUUAUGGGAUAGAAUUGAGUAUUGGAUUGAACAAGAAUAUCCUGAAUUGGAAGAUAACUUAAAUGAUGGUGUUACCACUGCUGAUUUAAAUGAAUUUAUUCAAGAUUUACAGAUUGGCAAUUCUAAAAAUUUACCUGAUGAUUUCCGAGAAUUUUAUAAACGUCAUGAUGGUCAAUUAAGAGGUGGAAAACCUACAGGUUUAAUUAUGGGUUUGGUUUUGUUAGAUUUAGAAGCUAUCAUUGAAGAAAAAAUGUUGUGGACUAAAGUUGCUGAAAGAUUAGAAACUCAAUAUUAUAUGGCUCAACAUCAACAAAGGCAACAAAGUGCUGCUAAAGAAGGAAGUAGUAGUAGUAGUAGCAAUAGUAAUACUACCAAUGGUCCUAUUAAUAAUUCAUUUAUUGCUAACCAAAGAUCCGUGCCUCCAAAUUCUAUUCAACCAUAUUAUUAUCAUAAAGGUUGGGUUGUAUUGUUGAAAGAUAAUAUUGGUAACCAAAUCGCUAUGGAUCUUUCACCAGGUCCAAAUGGUAAAUGGGGUCAAAUUAUAUUGUUUGGACGUGAUUUUGAUACUAAAUUAGUCAUUGCUUCUAGUUUACAAGAAUUUAUCUUUGGAUUUGUCACUGAUUUGGAGCAAGGUAAUUUCCAAAUUGAUUCUAGUGAAUAUCAAGAACAAUUGGGAUACUUGUCAAAUGAUAGAAAUGGCGAUUAUAUGAUUGGUGAUGAAGAUGAAGACCAAGGUGAGUUGAGUUAUUGGGAUAAAGAUGGACAAGAAUUUGGUAAAAAUGUACUUAGAGGUAGAUUAAAUUAUAUUGAGGUUUUGAAAAGAAGAGCAUUAAAGAAAUAUGGAUUAUCUGAAACUUUUGAAACCACUUUUGUUCCUCAGAGACAACCAAAAAAGCAACCACCUCCACCAUCACAACAAAAGACCAAUUCUGGCGCCCACACUCCAAUUUUGAGUCAAUCAAGAAAUGUCUCUACUAGUAAUUUGAAAAAGACAACUACCAAUGGAAGCAUCAAUAAACCUAAUGUUUCUAGUCCAUUAGCCGCUGCUGAUACUUCUUCUAGCUCAUUUACAGUUCCAAAAGAAACCAUCAUUGACAAGAAAACAAAUGAAAACAAAGAAGAACUAGAAGUCAAAGAAAAAGAAAAAGAAGAAGAAGCUAAGGUAGAAGAAAAGGAACAAGCUCCAGUAGAGGAUAAGAAAGAAGAAGAACCUGCUGAAGAAGUCAAGAGUGAAGAAGCUCCAGCUGAAGUUUCAAAGGAAGAAGUUGCAGUAGUAGAAACACCAGCCAAUGAUGAAACCAAGGAAGAAGAAGAAGAAGAAGAAGAUAAACCAGAAGACAAAGAAGAAACCAAAUCAGAAGACAAGGAAGAAGCUAAAGAAGAAGACAAAGACGAAACCAAAGAAGUCACUGAUGGUUUGAAAGAAGUUGAAUUAUAA